AUGGCCACGCCAAUAGAUUCCACGUUCGCCUUUCUGCGCAACAACCCACUGUCUUCAUCAAUCUCCGAUGCCCUUCAAUCAUUUCAGGAUCGUCGAGCAAAGUUGGGUUUAUCGAACCCAGGUACCACAGAGAACUUGGCAAAGGAGGUCCAACGAGAUGUCCUUCUGAACAACUACAUGUUCACUGGCCUUCGGGCCGAUCUCACCAAGGCCUUCAGCUUGUCGCCGCUCUUCCAAGUCUCUCAUCAGUUUGCCAUGGGAGAGCGAUUAAACCCGUAUACCUUCGCGGCUCUAUACGGCACCAGCAAGGUCUUCCUACAAGGCAACGUCGAUAACGAAGGGCAGCUCUCCACAAGAUUCAAUUGGCGAUGGUCCGAUGCUCAGGUCUCCAAAUCCCAAUUCUCGAUCGCCCCAGGCACCGGCCAGGAUAUGGCGCAGUUCGAGCACGAGUAUACUGGCAACGACUUCACGGCGUCACUAAAGGCGCUGAAUCCGUCCUAUCUCGAAGGCGGACUGACUGGUAUCUUCAUUGGAAGCUACAUGCAGGCAGUAACUCCGAGACUUGCUCUAGGAUUGGAGGGUAUUUGGCAACGAGCGGGUCUGACCCAGGGACCGGAAACCGCCGUCUCAUACUGCGCCAAGUACAAGGGUGAGGAUUGGGCUGCCACUGCUCAGCUCUCUGCGCAAGGCGGUCUCAACACGACCUUCUGGAGGCGUCUUUCUGAGCGAGUUCAGGCCGGUGUCGAUAUGACGCUGUCUCUCGUCCCCGGACCUGCUGGUCUUCUUGGCGGUAGCAUCCAGAAGGAAGGCGUCACGGCAUUUGGAGCGAAGUACGACUUCCGGAUGUCCACUUUCAGGGCGCAGCUUGACUCAAAGGGAAAGCUUAGCUGUCUGCUUGAGAAGCGUGUAGCUGCCCCCGUAACUAUGACCUUUGCUGCUGAUGUGGACCACGCAACUCAACAAGCGAAGAUCGGCCUCGGCAUCUCAAUUGAGACCGGCGGAGAGGAGCUCCAGGAACAGCAGGAGAUGUUAGGAGCCCAGCCAUCCCCUAACAUCCCCUUCUAA